CUCGUUCGUAAACAACAGAGGUACUCGGCGUUAUGCUUUACACUCAUUCGUAAACUCGGGGAUCUUGCUUUCUGUUUAUUUUUUAUCGGGCUAUUUGUUUUUCUUAUUUCUUUCGUUUGGGACGUCUUUCAUUUUGGUUUCCCAACGUCAACGUUUUGGAAGCAGCUGAACCACCUCCGUACAAGAAGAACUUUGAAAUUGGACACAUUGGUUCAAUAGGAUCAUCAGGAUAUUCAUAUAUUGGAAAAACAGUGAGUAAAAUCACAAAUUUCCAAAAAAGUAUAUAUUCAAUUGGGACAAUUGAGCAGAGCUCAAAGAUUGAAAGACAUUUGGGAAGACUUCUCGAAAAAUCAUGGCCAAGGACGAAAAAUCCUCCAAGAAGUCCAAACGCGAUAGAAACCGCGACAAACCUCCAACAAAGAUUGUAAUACGUCAUCUGCCGCCGACCAUGACUGAGGAUGAGUUCCUGAAGCAAAUUGAUCCACUGCCUGAACAUGACUUCUAUUACUUUGCUGCCGCAGAUUGGUCACUGGGCUUUGAUGCCACUUGUCGGGCCUACAUAACAUUGAAGAAUCCCAAGGAUGUGUUUUUGUUCCGCGACCGAUUUGAUGGUUAUGUGUUUGUAGACAACAAGGGCAAUGAAUAUGCCGCCAUUGUGGAAUUCGCCCCAUUCCAGGGUUUCCUGAAAAAUAAAUCACGUAACAGUGACAGCAAAGUGAAUACCAUUGAGCAGGAGUCACACUAUCAACAAUUCCUCAAGAAAUUGGAAGAAGAUCGUGAAGCCGCUGCCAAGGGAGGUGAAAGUAAAUUGGAAUUCUCUUUGAAUCCCAAAAAGGAAGAAAUUACCUCAACACCUUUGCUGCAGUAUUUGGCCAACAAAAGGGAAAAACAUCGCGAGGAAUCCAAAAAACGUACUGCCGAAAAGAAGAAACGUCGUGAGGAGGAGAAAGAGAAGGAGAAACGCAAACAGGCUGCGCCUACACCAAGUCAACCGGUUAAGGUUUUAACUUCGGAUAACUCGAACAAGGCAGCGGAUAACGCGGAACAGAAGCCCAAGAAUGCUCGGGCACGUCGUAGAGAUGAACGCAAUCGUUUACGCCAUGAGGCAUAUUUGCAAAAGAAGAAAGCCCAAAAGGAAAUGCAAAAUACUAAAGAUACUGAGCCGGCAAAAACGACGUCCACCGAAGAUGCCACUCAAGGCAAAGCAAAAGCAGAAGGAAAACCUUUGGAGACUUCAUCGAAAGAGAGUGAUGUCAAAGCUACUUCGUCCUCAGCAGAGCCCAAUAAACCCAUUGAAAUACUUAAGAAAUCGAAAGCUGUGGAUAUGCUUACCGAAUCUGUUAGGAAUUUCAUUAUUACUGCGGCCAAUACUCUCACUGUACCACCGGCCACAUCAGCGGCAGAUGGCCAAGUCGAUAAAGUCACCGGUAGUAAUAGUGAUGUAAACAAAUGUAAAGAGGAUUUGGACAAGUCCCAGGAAUCUUCUCAUAAAUCUGAUGUUUCACAAAUCAAGGCAGCCACUGGAGAGUUGGAUAAUGAUAGCAAAGAAUUCUUGGCUUCGCUGACUGAAAAACAAAGGGAGGAACGUCGUGAAGAAAGACGCAUACGUAAUAAGGAUCGUCCAUCGAUUGCAAUCUAUCAACCCAAGCCACGUCUACGUUUAUCCGAAGAAAGCGAUUCGAAUUCAACCUCCAAGGAUGUACGAAGUCUUUCGCAAUCCGAUUGUGAGACUGCUAAAAAGGAUGAACAGCCACGACACAAAAAGGUACAACGUUAUUCCGAGCGUUCCAAAAAUCGUAGGAAAUCCACAACAAAAGAUGCUGGCAGUGAAGAUGAUUAUCAAGCAACGGCAUGAAAAAUAUAAAUACUUUUGAGUCAUCCACAUUAUGAACGUUACUAUAUGCAAACAUAAUAUUUCAAAAAUAAAUGGUUUUAAACAACAAUAA